UGUGCCUGUUUCCAUAGGCGGCCGCUGCAGUGCUUCAAUGGGGGCUCAGGAUCAUUUUCGGCUGCGGUUGUUUGCAGGACUCGGAGGGGCUGGUUUGUUUCUGUUGUUGAUAGUACUGUAUAGAGUCGGAUCUGAGUUGGAGGUGUUAAAUCAAUGGACUACUUAUUCGUUGUGGCAGAUACAGAAACCACUCUACAAGCUUGAUCUAGAGUGGCCAAAGUUUCCAGAAGAAUUUAUUGGUCAAACAUAUUGUGUUGCUGUUGAUCAUCUCCAGGGAUUAGUCUACGUGGGACAGAGAGGUAAUGAUGAUGUGCCAAAGGUCUCAGUAUACUCUGAGGAAGGCUAUCUUGUACAAACAUGGAAAACAACCACCAUUGAGAUGCCCCACGGAAUCUUUGCCCUGAGCACAUCCAAUGGAAGCUCUGUGUGGAUCACGGAUAUAGGAAAUGGAAAAUAUGGACAUACAGUGAAACAGUACAGCCCUUUAGGUGAACUACUUCGAGUCAUAGGUACCCCAGGUACAGCAGGUUCCGAUACAAACCCGCUACAGUUUGACCAGCCAGCAGAGGUUUUUGUGGAAUCAACAGGAAAUAUUUACAUUGUGGAUGGUGAUGGAGGACUAAAUAACCGCUUGCUCAAAUUGACCGAAGACUUAAAGAUUCUAUGGCUACGUGGAGAAAACGGUACUGCUCCUACACAGUUCAGGAUUCCACACAGUGUAACUGUGGAUUCGGUUGGGCGGGUCUGGGUUGCAGAUAGAGCCAACUGGAGAAUCCAAGUUUUUGAAAAGAGCACUGGGGAAUGGUUAGGAUCUUGGGAUAACUGCUUCACAGAAGAUGGCCCUUACUCUGUAAGAUUUACUCCUGAUCAGCAGCAUAUAAUUGUGGCCCACCUAAAUAUUAAUAAGAUUUCUAUUUUGGCUGCCCCACCAGUAGGAUUAAUUGGGGAUUGCAUUGUGGUGGACACAAUCCAGCUUGCAAAAGAAGUCAAGCCUCAUCUUCUGGAUGUCAGCUUAAGUACUGGAGCCAUUUAUGUGGCAGAAAUUGGAGCUGAACAAGUACAGAAAUAUGUACCUUUGGACUAAUGGCAUCUUUCAGGCCAUACAAGCACAACCAGAUGGGGUGGGCUGCGGCUCUUAUACUCUUCUCUGUCUGACAUAGGAACAGACAGUAGCUGGCUGAGGGAUUCUGCUCUACUGGAUUGCCUGCUCUCUCUAGUUGUGCAAUACUUGAAAUAACUAAUGAUGCAUUCUAUGCAUUUAUCUCAGGGUUUGUUUGUCUUUCAUUAUUUUAGCCAAGUUUUACGGACCAUGUUUUAAUUGGUUUUUCGUAUAAAUUAUUUCUCUUGUAAUAAAAUUCCAAGAGU